CCUCGUCUUUGCCCUGGCAAAUCGGCCACCUCGGGAGCGAGUCAUGGUGGCUGCACUGGUGGCAGCGUGGCUGCUCCUGUCGGCCGCGGCCUGCGCUCCGCGGGAGCAAGACUUCUACGACUUCAAGGCUGUCAACAUCCGGGGCAAGUUGGUGUCGCUGGAGAAGUACCGGGGUUCGGUGUCCCUGGUGGUGAAUGUGGCCAGCGAGUGUGGCUUCACAGACCAGCACUACCGAGACCUGCAACAGCUACAGCGGGACCUGGGGCCCCACCACUUCAAUGUGCUUGCCUUCCCCUGCAACCAGUUUGGCCAACAGGAGCCUGACAGCAACAGGGAGAUCGAGAGCUUUGCCCGCCGCACCUACAGUGUCUCUUUCCCCAUGUUUAGCAAGGUUGCAGUCACCGGCACUGGUGCCCACCCCGCCUUCAAGUACCUGAUCCAAACUUCUGGGAAGGAGCCUACCUGGAACUUCUGGAAGUACCUAGUGGCCCCAGAUGGAAAAGUGGUAGAGGCUUGGGACCCAACUAUAUCGGUGGAGGAGAUCAGGCCCCAGAUCACAGCGCUUGUGAGGAAGCUCAUACUGAAGAAGCGAGAAGACUUAUAAUCACUUUCCCACCUCCUCUCCCACCAUCCCCUUCCCUCCACUUUCCGUGGGUGACCAAAGCAAACUCAAAUGGUGCUUCAAAGGGAGAGACCAUUGACUCUCCUUCUUCCACCUUUAGAAGACUUAUAAUCACUUUCCCUCCUCUUCCACCGUCCCCUUCCCUCCACCUUCCAUGGGUGACCAAAGCAAACUUGAAUGGUGCUUCAAAGGGAGAGACUAUUAACUCUCCUUCUUCCACCUUUACCCCACCUACCACAUCACUCCUAUGGGGGGAAAAAUUCUAGUAUUUUGAUGAUUUAAAUCUUAGAGCAACCUAUAGGAACUCCUGGCCAAUGAGAGCUCCUGACCAAUGAAUCACCAGCCAAUAAGAAUAUCUAGCCCAUGAAAACAUAGCAAAAAGAACUAUAUCAAGCAAAAAUCGUCUACCUAUUAAGAACUCUGUAAAACAGGGCCAAUUUCUACAUCACAGGGCUAUUGUGAGGAUUAGGAUAAAAAACCUGUGAAUAUGCCUAAGGCUGUGUCAGCUGAAUAAGAGGCAUUCGAUAAAUGUUUUUUUGCAUAUGAACCAAAAAAUAACUUGUAAUCAGUGAAAACUUGUACCCAACAUGAAUUUCUAGCCAAUGAGAAUCCAGGCCAAACAUUUAUUUGUUGUUAUUGUUUUUUUCUUCUGUAUUAUUUUCUAAUUACCAAAGUAAUGCAAAUACAUUGUAAGAUAAUACAGGAUGUCAUAAUAAAAUGAAAAUAUCCCCCUCAUUUUCUAUACUCUCAUUCCCUAGAGGUAAACAUUGUUAGUAAUUUGGUACAAAGGCUUCCAAGCCUUUUUUAAUCAACCUAAUCAUUAUUUCCCAAUAAGAAUUCACUGAUGAAAAGUAUACUACAAUAACAAAUAGGCAAAGGAUAUGAAUAGAUAAUUCACAGAAGGAUAUAGAUAAAUAAUAAGUAUAUGAAAAGAUACUUAGCCUCAUUCAAAUUGGAAGGAUUUUUUUAAAUAAUAAUACCCAUUGUUGGUAAGGAUGUGGGGAAAUGGCAUUUGCAUAAAUUGUUGGUGGGACAAUAAACUGUCACAAGUUCUUGGAGCAUGAUUUGGUAAUAGCUUUUAAAACAAAAUGUUCAUAUCCUUAGAUCCAUCAUUUCUCCUUCUAGAAGACUCCCUAACCAUGCAAAUAUAUAUGUGCAAUAAUAUGUAUGUACACUGUUCAUAACAGUGAAAUUGGAUGUAACCCUUGUGUCUAUCAAUAUGGCCUGGUAAUAAAUUAUGCUACAAAUCCAAA